AUGGUAGAGGAAUCGUCUCAACCCCUUCUUCAAGAUGAGGAAGGGUAUGCCAAGCCACAAAAUGGUAUUGGUGCCAAGGUAAAAGGAAUGUUUGCAACCAUCUUCCAAAAGGAAAACAUCCCAAUCAUCAUCUACACCCUUUGUUACAUUGUAUCUGGUGUAAUCAACAGUAUUCUUCUUAAAUUAACUAUGAACUCUUUCCAAAAUUAUGGUUUCUUUUUAAAUCAAUUGACAAAUUAUGGAUAUAUUCCAAUUUUCGGUGCAGUAGUAGCAUACAAGUUAUACUUUACCAAUGAUAUUCCAGAGGAAACCAAGUUGUUCCCCAAAUACAAGUUUUUGAUUAUGGGUGCUCUUGAUGCUGUCACUGGUUACUUUGUCGUUAUUGGUGGUGUGCGUACCUCUGGUCCACUCCAACAACUUUUGAAUCAAGCCAUCAUUCCAUUCACCAUGUUGGCAUCGCUCAUCUUCUUAAAGGAGCGUUACUCUCUUAUCCAAGUCGGUGGUGCCGCCGUCAUUCUCAGUGGUGUCGUCGUCUCGCUCAUCCCAUCGUUGACCGGUCCACCAGAUCCCACCAACUCUGUCUUUUGGAACUUCUUUUACCUCAUUUCCAUCAUUCCAUUUGCUGGUUCCAAUGUCUACAAAGAUAUUGGUUUCCAAGCCGUCGCUGACAUGGAUGUCUGGUACUUGCAAUUCUGGGAUGCCUUUUUCCAAUCCAUCAUUGGUACUUUCCUUUUCCCAAUCAAUGCUAUCCUUCCAGGUGAUGCAAAGAUUCCAUUCAAUCAAGUUCUUCCAGCUAUGAAAAAUGGUGCAUUAUGUUUAGCCGGACAUGAUAUCAUUGUUGACAAUUGUGGUACAGAUUUGCAAACCACCUGUGAUAACUGUCACCAUGCAUACAUUAUCAUUCUUUGUUACAUGACCAUCAACGUUAUCUACAACAUUUUCAUUUUACUCGUCAUCAAGCACGCUGGUGCCACCGUCUACUCGAUUGCCAACACCCUCCGUCUCCCAUUGACCAACAUUGUCUUCUCUCUUCACUUUAUCAUGGGUGCUGCCGUUACUCCAUUCUCUGGCUUGUCAGUGGCGGGACUUAUCAUUAUUCUACUUGGUCUGGUGGGUUACCGUAUCGGUUCCAUGAUCAAGGCCAAGAAGGCUGCUCUCGAAAACGGUGGAGAGGUCCAAGUUCGUGUCAUCCCUGGUUUGGGUCCAGCUGGUGUCGAUGUCAUGCCAGUCCAUAGAAAGACUCCCAUCGAACCAAAAUCUCCACAAUAUCUUAGAAACCAAUUAUACGGUAAACUUGGUAUUCACGUUCCAGAAAACAAAUAUAAUAGACCUGUCAACGAUUAA